AUGAAUGCUUUUAAGAGUGAAAAAUCGGAGAACGUAAUGCUCCGACAGAAAUUCGACGCCAUGAGAAAACAGCAUGAUUUCGAAAUCGGAAAUCUCCGCGAAAUGUUUAAUAAUGUUGUUUCAGGAUUAAUCAGUGCGGAUAGGACAUUACGUUCAGAAAUAGACAAAAUAAAAAAUGAAACAAUUGAGAAUGCGUUAAGGAGAGAACAAUCUGAGAAGAUAAUGCUUCAAACGAAAUUCGACCACAUGAGAAAAGAACAUAAUUUUGAAAUCGGAAAUCUCCGCGAAAUGUUAAAUAAUGUUGUUUAUGGAUUAAACAGUACGGACAGGACAUUACGUUCAGAAAUAGACACAAUAAAACAUGACACAUUGGGCAAUUUGAGCGCUACAAAGAAGCUGGUUCAUGACAGCUAUGUUGCUUGUCAAAAAGAUAUCAAUCACACGAGUUCUUACUUCAACGAUUGGUUAAUGCGUGUUAAUAAUACAUUGGAUAAUCUUUCUUUGAAUGCACUUCAUGAAACAGCUCGGAUAACUUUAGAUAUUGCCAAUCUUAAAACGUCGAAUGAAAUCAUGAAGAACUCAAGUGGCCUUUUUCCAAUUUCUUGUGACACAGUGGCAAAGAGUGGCGAUUACAAAAUUUACCCCAGUUCCCAUCCAAACGGCAUCAGGGUAUAUUGUUAUAAAGACUCCACAAAUAAGGGAUGGAUAGUAAUACAGAGGAGAGCAGACUUGUCGGUGAAUUUCAACCGCACUUGGGCUGAUUACAAAGCUGGAUUCGGCAACUUGAGUGGGGAAUUCUGGUUGGGCAAUGAACAUAUCUAUACGCUGACUAAGGACAAACAGAGAGAGCUCAGGAUUGAUAUAAAUACUUGGAACGGAAAGCAAUAUGCGCUGUAUUCCAAUUUCAGUAUUUCAUCCGAGUCUGAGAAGUAUAGGCUUCGUCUGUCCGGAUACUCUGGUGACGCAGGAGACGGUGUAGGUGAACACAAUGGUCAGUCGUUUUCAACUUUCGACGCUGAUAAUGACAAUAUGAUGCAGAAAUGUUGUGCAUGCAAUUUUGGUGGCGGUUGGUGGUAUCACAGUAAUUAUUGUUCGUUUACUAAUCUGAACGGGAAUCGGUUCGGCAGAGCCGGCAGAGCAGACGGAUUUGAGUGGUGGGAAGGCUCUGGAGGCAAUUUUCUGAUGUCUUCCUCAAUGAGCAUACGCUAAGAAUGUUCUUUAUUACUAUGAUAUCAUUUUUUAAAGCAUUGCCAUUAGAUCAAUACAACAAUUUAUCGGCGAAUAUUAUGGUUUAAUUGUGCUUAAUAUGAAUUGCAUCAUAUGAUAAAACACAUUUAUUUAUACAUUAAUAUGUGUUGCAUACCGUUGAAAACCCGUGACGGUUUUAUAUUCAAGACAUUAUAUGCUAACAAUACAUCUCAAGUUUUAACUAAUAAAUUGCAUCUUCAAUUGUUAUCACUUUUAUCCUCCUACAUGCAAAAUGUAUAGAAUAUUCGUUGUUAUUUUUGUCUACCAUGAUAUAUAUAUCCGAUUUAAACUAUAUAAUGGUACAAUUUAUAACAAGGGAAGCUGGCAUCUUUAAAUUAAAUCUUUGGAUCUAAUUAAUCAUGAUGCAUUUGUGGCAAGUUUUUGUCUUCCAUACUCAUAUAAAGUACUUUACUUUCAUAGUGUUCUUACUGUGUUAAUAUGAAGUUUUUAAAACUAAAGCAGCAUGUCAAUGUGUUAUGCUUCACAUAUAUCCGACCGUAUAAAGAUUUGGGCUGUUGUAUGCUUCUAUAUGUUUUCAUGUUAAGCGGAUGUUUUACAACGGUUAAAUUAUUGUAACUAGACUUUUCAUCGAUCGUCAUAUGUUUCUGGUACUGCCUAAUAAUUUCAUCGCUUCUUAAGGGGUGUUGCGGCAGUUUAUUUAACCGAGGAUAUAUUUAUAGCAACACCGAUUAGCUAUUAUCACAACCCAAUAUUUUUGUUAUCAGAAUCAUCACAUAUCACAGAGUGGGUUCAUAAAACAAAGGUCAGUGGUUCGAUGCCAGGUUCGGCUAACUUUUUUUUACUUUUUUUUUCUUUAAUUUUAUUCUUGUUUUAUACUGGAGCUCUUUAGAUCUUUUGUUUACAUUUAUCAAUUCAAAGCAUGUAUCACUAACUUCAAAGCAUGCCGAAAUCUGUAAACAAUUCCCUGUAAGUUAUUGAUGAUAUAGAUCGAGUUUGAUACCGUAUUGUCACAUAUUUGUGACUUAAUAUUGUAUUAUUAUUGUUGUUUUUUGGUAAGCUGUUGAGAUCCCAGUUAAGAUUAUAAACAAUGUCUAAGGUUUAUGCAUAUUUAUAGCAAUCAAUGUACCGGUACUUGGGUUUAGCCAAAUUGCGAUAUUUUAUGAAAUUUGACAUAGACGGUAGGGAUAGUUAAACAACCAAAUAUCUGUUAAAGGUGCGGUGACUCCCUAUUUUUAUUUUUGUUUUAUGAUAACAAUACGUAGAUGAAAGUAUUUGAGCAGUUUCGCAGAAAGUAAUUUGUUAGAACUUUUUUAAAUUUCAUUUUGUGGUUAACAUAGUAAAAAAUUGACGUUUUUUGGGUGACAUAAAAAUUAUAAAAAUUAAAUUUCUUAAAAUUUAACUUGUAUUCUCCAUUUUUUGGUAGUUUGUGGUUUGAUUAAUUGUUGAAUACUCAGUGAUAUCUCGAUCUGUCAUUUACGUGUUGUGGACGAACGGACAUAAGGACGGACAUGCAUACAGACGGGCGGGUGAAGGGAAGCUUAUAGACCAUCGAUUAAACAGCAGCAGAUACUAAAACGAAAACGGUGCUUAAACAAUACAUGUAUUAGUCUUGGCCACACCACGCCGUUUGUAAAAUCUGAUAACGGACAUAUCAUUAUGACAUGCUUUUUUGAAUGGUUGAUUCCGUAUCGUAAGAGGAAAAAACGUGUGAUGAAAAGUGUUGUUUAUUUACUUUUAAGAUUAGUGUUAUUUUCUCUAUGUUUGAGGAAAUUGACUUGUGAACGGCAUAUAAAUAAACUACUGAUGCCCAGACAAUUAAGUAAGUCAUUUUCAAAAAUGGUCCAAUUGGUGGUGAUUGUGAAUCUGUUGUUUUUCAUAAUUAAAACAAUUAGAAUCGAUGUGUAGAAAUUGUUUUCCAAAUACGUUAAUUGGCAACAUACAUUUCAGUGAUAAUGUAUGCAACAGAAUGCAAUCUUGACACACUUCAUGUACGAACUAUACUGUGGUUAUCAUGAACUAUUGACACGUGCACGUGUAAUUGUAGACCGUUCAUGACGAAGGAAUAUCCUCUGUUUUAUAAGAUCAUCAGAGCAUAGCUUUAAAGGGUGCUGAGUGAGUCGCAGUAAGACUGGGCUCCUAAUGGCGAUCAAAUCUUAGUCCGUGGGUUUGGGGCACAAAUAUCUACCCGAGAUCUGCAUGCGUGCGUUUGUGCGUACGUGCGUGUGUGUUCUUUUUAGUAUUUAUAGUUCAUUGGAAUGUUUCUUAAUGAUAUUUGUAAAUGAUUGAACAUGUUAAAACUAAUGACAACAUUGUAAAAAAGAUAGACUCUGUGUAAU